AUGUGUGAUACUCUUGGACUCAUUUACGUGAUUUGGUGGUGCAUGAUGCUAUUUCAUCUCUUGCAUGCUGACAUUCAGUGUAUGGGGUGGGCACAAGAAUCACCUAUUACAAAUGUGAAAAUGAACUGGAGAAAAAUGGAACUGUCCUGGGAGAGCAGUAAGAAUUUCUCUAUGUACACAUGUACCAUAAUGAACAGGGACAUGGAAAGUAUACAGAAAGAGGUGAAUAGUCCACUAUGCAGGUUUCCAGUGGAACAAUAUGUGUCUCUGCACAAAGGGGUAGACUUUAUAAUUGAAGUGCCAAACACAAACAUCUCAAAAAACUGCAUCUUUAUACCUGCAGGCUUGAAUGGGUCAGCCAUUGAAAACUUCUCCUGUGUGAUUUACAAUGUUUCCCUCAUGAACUGCACUUGGCAGGAGGGCAUAAAUGCUCCAGGAGACACCCAGUAUUUUCUCUACUGGCAGAACCCAAGAGACAACGAGGAGAUGGAAUGUGAGCUUUACAUUAAAGACAAAAAUGGCAGAAACACAGGAUGUAGAUUCCAAAAUGUGAGGAUAGAGACUGAAAUAGCUUACUUCCUGGUGAACGGGUCUAGCAAAGACUUCCUGAUCCAGUUCUAUGAUGAGUACAUUGAACUGUAUAAAAUUGAAAUACUCACUCCUCCAUUAAAUGUCACUGUCAACUGUGCUAGAGAUACAGCAAGCUGCAUAAUUACAUGGCAACCACCCCUUACAAGUCAUGUGAAAAAAGGAAAGUGCUUUCAGUAUGAAAUUAGCAUACAAAGUAAGGAUGAGCCAAAAGAAGAGAAAAAGGAUCCUCCUGUAAGGAAUGACAGAUACGAAUUUCAAAACUACAAUGAGAAAAAAAAAUACAUUCUGCAAAUCAGAGCACGUGGAAAAAACUGUCUCGUAAGCUCAAACUGGGGGGAAUGGAGUGAACCCAUUGAGUUUGGUCAAGGGGACAAUUACUUUAUUUUUGUGAUUUUAUUUCUGAUAGCACUCGGAACUAUCACAGUGACACUACUCCAAUAUUGUCUUUUCAAAAG